AUGAACAGUACAUCCGCGAGGAACCCGGGGUGCACAGCCUUGCGUCCGGGCCACUUCUCCGCGAUCCCGGUCACGCAUCUAGGAAGCGGGGCAGUUGGUACCUCAACUCAGGCUCCGGGUCUGGAAGACCCUCCCUCUCCUGGGAAGGCGCUCAGUGUUCAGGCUCUAACGUGCCUUUCUGCUCCGCUCAGGGACCUGAUGCCGAGGACCCUGGAGGGGCAGAUCACCAUGGAGAAGACGCCCAGCUACUUCGUGACGCGCGAGGCGCCCGCGCGCAUCUCGGCCAUGUCCAAGGACACCAAGCUCCUGGUGGUGGUGCGGGACCCGGUGACCAGGGCCGUCUCGGACUACACGCAGACGCUGUCCAAGCGGCCCGACAUCCCCAGCUUCGAGAGCCUGGCCUUCAGGAACCGGACGGCGGGCCUCGUGGACCGGGCGUGGAGCGCCAUCCAGAUCGGCCUGUACGCCGAGCAUCUGCAGCGCUGGCUGCGCCACUUCCCCGCCCGCCAGCUGCUCUUCGUGAGCGGCGAGCGGCUGGUGCGCGACCCGGCCGGCGAGCUGGGCCGCGUGCAGGACUUCCUGGGCCUCAAGCGCAUCAUCUCCGACAAGCACUUCUACUUCAACCAGACCAAGGGCUUCCCCUGCCUCAAGAAGGCCGAGGGCAGCGGCCGCCCUCACUGCCUGGGCAAGACCAAGGGCAGACCCCACCCCGAGAUCGACGGCCAGGUCCUGCGGCGGCUGCGCGACUUCUACCGGCCCUUCAACCGCAAGUUCUACCAGAUGACGGGCCACGACUUCGGCUGGGACUGAUCAGACCCUCCCGCCCCCUCCUCUCCCCUACCCGGGGCUUAGGAAAUAUUGAGAGAGAUUAUAUGUAUGUAAAAUGUACAGAAAUCUAUUUUAUAAUAAUUUAUUUUUAAUUCAUAAGCAAUUAAUUCACUAAGCUGCCUAGCCACGCUCUUUAGAGAGUCACAUAAUCUGUUAACAUUCCAAAGUGUUUCUAAUAUUUUCUUCUUGUCUUCACAAUGGAUGG